AUGUUUGAACGCAAGCAACCGUGCAAGUUCUUCCUCCGCAACGGGAGAUGUCGCUACGGAUCGUCCUGCAGAUUUUCGCACAGUGGCGGGCCUGCUAGUAGACAUUCAUCCGGAGAUAUCGGGCGGUGGGGACGUCAGCGCACUUCCGAGCUUGUAGCAACGACUCUGUUUUCGCUACAGACGUUCCGAGCUCAGCUGGCAGAGAAGCUUGGGUCGGGCACGAUAUUUUCCAGCCAUUCCGACGCGCUAGUGAACUUUUGGCCGGGUCGAGAUCGCUUGGAGGUGCUGUGGAAGGGGUUUCUGCUGCCUCCCGAUUUUCGCGGUCCAAGGCUCGUGGACAGCCAAACGCAGGCGCUCAACUUCAUCAACUCCGGACUUCACGCUUUGACGGACGAUCACGUGGCUCCGCAAUUUCUGAGGGAGCUAGGACAAACGGAAGGGCGCGGCGUUGCUCUCAUUCAAGCCCUGCUUGAUCUCAAGUACUCUGUUGACGCUGGCAGACAGCGCAACAUCGUGUCUUUCCAGCGAGGACUGGUGCCGUUCGUGAUCAAGCUGACAAUGCGCCGCAUGGAGAUGAUCAGCCAACACAUGGAGGAGGCCAACUACGUGUACUCGUUUGUGCGUACUGCACACGCUCAGCUCUUCCGCGUGUAUUUGGAGCACUUGCAGCAGAUUGUGGAGCGACACAGCAUCGAGGACCGGACGCUGUCUCACUCGAGUUUUCUACUAGAAUCUCAAGGCCGGCGAUACGCGCCGCUCUGCUUCACACAACUGUGCCUCCCUUUCAUCCGGUUGUUGUACCUGUUGGGCUCCAAAUUCAACGACUUUAUCUACGAGGAUGGCUUCCAAGAGACGGUGAAUUACCUUGAUGCGUUGAUCAAAAAGUGGGUGGACGACUCGGAAGAAAACGAUGAUUCGUCUCUUGACUCUGCCUUGUGUUUCAAGAUGAUAAAGGAAGAAAUUACGCGCCUUCACAAGAUGAUUCGUCGUGGCGACCACGCUAUGCAGACUGGCGCUGCACUGGAGAAUGAGUUAACGGAGGGGUCAGAUUCGAGCUUGCCCACAUCGGAGGUUUGGAAUACCUUAACCGUAAGCGUUCCUGAAGAAGGCACCCUAGCGGACGGUAGCGUUGGUCCGCGCCACGAUAAUGACCAUCGAGACAUCAGCAAAAUUCAGUUGCUACCCACCACAGAGGAGUGUUCAUCCCGCGAACCCCCACCGCUACCGGGCAACUUUCCGUUCCACGUCAACGCUCACUGGUUGCUGCCGGGUCCGGAUCGCUGGGUGGACACGCACUUUCGACUGUAUCGAGAGGAUUUUUGCAGUGCCAUCCGCUUGUGCGUACAGGAUGUCGUACACAGACUCCGUCAGAGUGGUGGGAACCUGGCUGCCGGGCGAGUUCGAGCUGGCGACGUGGAUUACAAUGUCUACCACGCGUUCAACACCUCGGUGAUGCUAAAACACACGUUCAGUCGGAACGAGCACGAACGAGCGCAUCGUCCGGAGCGUAUUGGGCUCUGCGUUGACGUACGAUUCCGUCACCCGUCUCUGGUAAAAGGUGACAAAAAAACUCGUCGAGAGUUUUGGGAGAAAACGCGGCGCCUGCCGUACAAUGGGAUGGUGGCCAUGGUCUCCCAUGUCAGCGGCGAGAUCGAAGUGGUGUUUUGUGAAAUUGUUCAGCGAGACGUGAAUCAACUCGUGGACAAUGUCGCGAGGAUUUCGCUCCAGCCGUAUGAGACCAGCGACUUCGAGACUCUCGAGCGAUGGCAACACAACAAGUCGCUGCAGCAGCAAGCCAGCACAAACGGCGCUCCACACCACACGAUGCUGAUCGAGUUCAACAAGGUGUUUCUCUUUGGGUAUCAGCCGGUGCUGUGUGCCCUGCAGAGAAUUCGUCCGGCCACUAUGCCGUUUCUGGAGUACUUAGCACCCGAGAGCCCACCCCAGGCUGUGCAGAUGGAGACCCCACUCUACUGCGUGGCGCCUGGUUUCAAGUUUGACUUGACGUCUGUGGUGCAGGGACAUCCGAGAGAAGGGAACGAUGAUCCACAGCAAUUGCACCUUUAUCCAACUCAAGAAACCUCCCGAGAGGAAUGUGAGACUGCGUUGGUAAACCACUCGACGUUGGAGCGGGAUCAAGCUAAAGCGCUGGUGCAAGCUCUGAGCAGCCGUGUUGCGUGUAUUCAAGGUCUGCCUGGUACUGGGAAAUCUUUCAUCGGCGCGCUACUCACGAAAAUUAUCGUGGAGGCGAAGGUCACUCCUGUAUUAAUUGUGUGCUACACGAAUCACGCGCUGGACCAGUUCCUGUGCCAACUUUUGGACGUUGGCAUCACGAAGCUCGUACGCGUGGGGGGUCAGUGCAAGGAACCUCGGCUGGACCAGUACAAGCUGAACGCGAUUCACAAAGUUUGCGAUCGGUACGAGCUGAAGCUGCUGUACCAGCGACUGGACUCUCACGCAAGUGCUAUCUCUGUGGCCCGACGAUGCUUACAAGCCCAAAAGCACGGCUCCACAUGGGAAUCUCUGAGAUCGUUUCUACAGCAACAUUUUCCUAAUGAAUACGACUAUUUCAACGAACAGCAAGAUGAGAUGUUUGGAGACAAUUGGGAGGUCUCCGGGUGCGAUGAUAUUCUGGAGUACUGGAUGAAGGGCUACGACGACGGUACUGGACCGAUGCUUGAUGAACCAAGUAAUGUGUGGUUGUGGAAUUCAACGAAGCGCCAAGCUGCUCUUUCCGAAUGGUCCGAUCAAAUUCGCUCCAAGUGCAUGGACGAGCUUGUGCGAGCUCAGGAGGCUUACAAGAGCACCCUUAAGAAACUGGAAGCCGUAAGAAAGGAAACCGACGUUGGCGUGCUCAAGGGGAUGCAGAUCAUCGGCAUGACGACCACCGGUGUGGCCAAAAACCAACAGAGAAUCGAGGCAGUGGCGCCUCCGGUUGUGAUUUGUGAAGAGGCUGGAGAAGUCCUCGAGGCGCAGGUCAUGGCGUGUCUGUCACCUGCCUGCCAGCAGCUCGUGCUAAUCGGAGACCACAAGCAGCUACGCCCGCACAUCGCUGACUACAAUUUGAGCGUGGAGAGCUCACUUGGCAAGCGCUACGCUCUGGAUGUGUCGCUAUUUGAGCGUUUGGUGGCACCAACGUCUGGACUGCCGUUUUGGAUGCUGACGGAGCAGCACCGCAUGCGUCCGCAAAUUUCGCAGUUGCUGCGAAUGCUGUUUUACCCAGAAGUCCGAGAUGCACGCGAGACGCUGGAGUACCCGUCGCUCCUCGGUGUCGACAAGAACGUAUUUUUCGUGAACCACAGCCAGCCGGAGGAUGGCGCGUCGGAUGAGUUCGGGAAAUCCACAAGCUCCCACUCGAAUGAGUAUGAAGUCGAGUAUAUCGUCGCGACUCUGAAGUUUCUUCUGCAACAAGGUUACCAAAGCUGUGACAUCGCCCUCCUAACUCCUUACGUUGGUCAGCUCAUGAAGAUUCGAUCCGCUCUGAAAGGAGAGUUUGUGCUGGAGCUGAAUGAAUUAGACCAGCAGGAGAUCCAGCGCACGUUCGGUGACGAUGGCGACGAUGUCGAGGAUGAUACGGGAACAAUGAGACGCGAUAGCCCAUCUGCGUUAGGAGCCACUAAGAAAAAUCUGUCGGACACGAUUCGAGCUGCCACAGUUGACAAUUUCCAAGGAGAGGAAGCAACGGUCAUACUGGUGAGCUUGGUACGCAGCAGUACGAAUAUUCAGGGGCGUGAGACCAUUGGCUUUCUCAAGAUUCCAAAUCGGAUCAACGUGCUCCUUUCCCGAGCGAAACAUGGGCUGAUUUUUGUGGGUCAUGGGGAUUUACUCCGAGCCAAGUCUCCGAUCUGGCAGCAGAUUCUCGAUCAACUGGAAAGCGACGGUUGCUACGGCGAUGGUCUACCUCUUCAUUGCCAGCUCCAUCCUGACUACCAGCGUGUCGCCUCGAAUCCGAGUUCGUUCGCGCUGCUAUCACCUGAUGGAGGUUGUCUACGUCCGUGUGGAAGACGACUCCCUGGCUGUGGUCACGCCUGCCCGAAGUUGUGCCAUGUCGACCAACCGUCCCACAAAGCUGUCUACUGCACCCAACCAUGUCUGCGACUACAGGAGGGCUGUAGCCAUGUGUGCCCCCGUGUUUGCGGCGAUCCGUGUGGCCGAUGUGAGGUGCUGGUUGGUUCGAUCACGUUGCCCUGUGGACACACGUAUAGCAACGCGCGGUGCUUUGAGGCCAAGAAACCAUCGAAUGUGAGAUGCAAUGUGGUGGUUGAGAAGCUCAUAUCCGUCUGCGGCCACAUACAGAAUACUGCGUGCUACAUCACUGACGUCAAGUGCAAACGAAAGUGUGGAGCAGUACUUACAUGUGGCCACGAGUGCUCCCGUACAUGCAGCAAUUGCAUUGAAGACACCCUGGAGGUUUAUGAGGGAGUACCGGAACCGGACUUCCCGAUAGAACCCGCUGAACACGGGGCGUGUCGAAAGAAGUGCGAGCGUUUGCUACCAUGCUGCCACCGAUGCCAUGGAGUUUGCCACGGAGAGGCUCCCUGCCCUCCAUGCCAGCAUAUCUGUGACGUGUUUAGCUGCGAGCAUGCAUCCUGUAAUCACCCGUGUAGUGCACCUUGCGCUGCGUGCACCGAAUCAUGCAAGUGGGGCUGCGAGCACGUUGAUAUUUGCCAGCUACCCUGCGGUGCCCCCUGCAACCGGAAGUUGUGCGAUCUCCGAUGCUCCAAAUCGCUCAGUUGUGGACACCGAUGUCCCAGUGUCUGUGGAGAAGACUGCCCUGUGCAAGAGUUCUGUCACGACUGUGGGGAUGAAGAUGUGAAGCAGCGCGUGGCCGACGUGAUUCUCUUCCGGAAGUACGGCGAGAUUGAUCCAUCCAAGGACCCUGUUCUGGUGCUUCCGUGUUGCUCAAUGGUGUACACGAAGGAAACGCUUGACGGUACGCUUCACUUGAGCACGUACUACAACGAGGAGGGGGAACCACGAGGAGCGCUACCAGGAGGCUAUAUUGAUAUGCCCCAGUGUCCGAACUGCAGCAAGCCGAUCCGUGGCCUCCGCCGCUAUGGGCGUAUGAUCAAACGAGCUGCAAUCGAUGCGGCCGAGAAGAAAUUCAUCACACACACGCAACAUCAGCUCACGGUCUUGCAAGCGCGUGUGAAUGCUGCAGUUGAACGUGGCGACAUCAGGCGUGACGAGACGUUGCAGGGAGAAAUUCGCUCGUUUGGGCUGGCAGUGAGAAGUCCCCCCUGUCAGGAAGUUUUCGAGGCCUGUGUGGCAUUACUGACGAAGGCUCAAGGAUGGCAAGGCGGUGGCGAUGUGACUAUCGACCAGAGUGCGCUCCCCGUACCCAACUCGACGUUCCGGUUCGCAGGAUACUACUACCUUUUCGCUGCUCAGAUGCAGUCGCUGAACGCUCGGAAAACUCUGAACAAUGCCGAACCACACGCCCGAAUUGCCUUGCAGAAAUUCGUCGAUGGGUCGUACUCCCAGCAGGCUCGAGAAGCCAAGUUGGUGUUGGUGCGAGUUUUACUGAUCGAAGCGGAGAAAACGUUAAACAAGUCGGUGAAGUCUGAGGGGGAGCGUGCAGAGCGCGAAACGGAGGUGGAAAAAUUCACCUUCGAGGCGCAGGAGCUGCUGAACGAUCUGGAAGAGUAUGUGGAUUUCCGUUUGCAGCAUGAGCAGGAGCUGCAGAGCUUCCGCCGAACGCUAGCGAGCAUUACUCGGCGAGCCAAGAGCGCCACAUUUUACCAGGAGGUGUCGACGGAGGAGCUGAGAGCUGUGAAGACGGCUAUGCAAGCGGAAUUUCAGGGCUCCGGCCACUGGUACCGAUGCGUCAAUGGACACUCGUACUCGAUCGGGGAGUGCGGUAUGGCGAUGGAGCGAACUACGUGUCCUGAAUGCGGUGCACUUGUCGGCGGGGCCAACCACGUGUUUGUGGAGGGGACCGCGCACGACUCGGAUAUGGAUUCGUUGUAA